GCUCUCUCCUCUCUCCUGAGUGGAUUUUUUCAGGGCUGUGCACAUAGCCCCACCACCACCUCCUGCUCAAACCCCCCCACCCCCGCUCCUUCCUCUCUGGAGAGCUUUGCUCCACCAGUUCUGCACUGUGCCGGCCUGGAGAGGAGUAAGGGAGCGGAAAGAGGAGCGAGAAGAGAGGAUUUGGUGAACUGAGGAGAGACAGACAGGGGAGAGGGACCAUGGCCGCUCUCUCUGCCAUGCUGAAGACCUGGGUUAUACUGCAGACCUUGUGCCUGGCUCUGGCCCAAGUGAGGGGUCCACCUGGACCGCAGGGCCAGCCUGGCCCACCGGGCCCCUCUGGCACCCCUGGGUCAGAUGGCAUUGAUGGAGACAAAGGACCUCCUGGGCCCCCUGGUCCACCAGGACAAAAAGGAGAACCAGGAGAACCGGGUCCUGAUGGAGCACCAGGAGAAAAUGGCAUUGAUGGUCUGAUUGGAGCAAAGGGUGACCGAGGUCCUGUUGGGAGCCCUGGCCCUAAGGGUCAGCCUGGACCAAGUGGCGAGCCUGGCCCUCCUGGAGCCGGCCUUCCAGGACUGUCUGGCAUUCCAGGGCCAAUUGGUCUUCCAGGUGAAAUUGGACCAACUGGACCAAAGGGCAUCAUGGGACCAAAUGGACCUCCAGGACUUCCUGGACCUCCUGGCAAACCAGGUCCUCCAGGGAAGUUCCUUGGUGGGGAGGAAGGCAGUGCAGACUUCCAGUGUCCUCUUAACUGUCCAGCAGGACCCAAAGGUCCCCAGGGACUGCAAGGAGUCAAGGGACACAAAGGACGUGCCGGUGUUCUUGGAGAACCUGGCAGCAUAGGAAAGACGGGCCUCAAGGGAGAAGUAGGCAUCUCUGGGGAACAGGGCAUCCCAGGACCCCCGGGUCCGAUGGGUUUGAGGGGUUAUCCAGGAAUGAUGGGUCCCAAAGGAGAGGCAGGGCCUCGCGGUUACAAGGGUAUCAACGGACCUGUAGGAAUUCCUGGGCCUCCUGGUGAGGAGGGACCUCAGGGACCACCUGGAGAGGCAGGAGACAAGGGAGACAAAGGCAGCCGAGGCAUCCAGGGCCCACAGGGUGCGGUUGGCAAAAAGGGAGAGAAUGGUCUGCCGGGUAUUGAUGGAAAAGAUGGCACACCUGGUAUUCCUGGAAUCAAGGGCGGCCCUGGCCAGGCUGGGACGCCUGGUCCUCCUGGUCCUCAGGGAGCAGCGGGAUUGCCUGGCAGUCCUGGGGCUAAAGGUGGACCUGGAGCUAAGGGCGAGCCUGGGCCUAGAGGUCAUGUUGGUAUGCCUGGUGCCUCUGGACCUCUGGGUGAACCUGGUCUUCCUGGUGAGCCUGGUAUGGAAGGUGUCCCUGGACCCAAGGUACAAAGAGGCCAGCGGGGAGAAGUCGGGCCGCAGGGAGUUGUCGGCAAGCCUGGAAGCAAAGGAGAAAGAGGGCCCAUUGGCAUCCCAGGUGCCCAGGGUCUCAGUGGAACCAAGGGAGACAAGGGUUUCCAAGGAAAAGUUGGGUCAAAGGGAGACGUUGGUGACCCCGGUGUUGAGGGAUUGGCUGGCGAGAAAGGUGAAAAGGGUUUGUCUGGCGAACCUGGGCCCAAAGGACAGCAAGGAAUUAGGGGUGACCCUGGACAUAAUGGACCCACUGGAGACCCUGGUAAACCAGGAGACCAGGGACCACCAGGGCUGCCUGGUCCUAGAGGACUCAAUGGAGAGCGAGGAGUACCUGGCAUGCCUGGCAUUCAGGGAUCACCAGGACGUGAUGCAUCUGACCAGCAUAUUAUUGAAGUGGUGUUGAAGAUGUUGCAGGAGAGGCUAGCAGCAGUAGCGGUCAGCGCCAAGAGGGCUGUGCUCGGUGGUGCGGGUGUAAUGGGACCUCCUGGGCCUCCUGGACCUCCGGGAGCCCCUGGCCCUCAGGGGCCACACGGUUUACCUGGUGCCCGUGGCAUCCCCGGCAUAAUUGGAGCACCUGGGCAGAUUGGAAACACAGGGCUUAAAGGAAAGAGAGGGCCAAAAGGACAAAGAGGAGAUCCUGGUAAACCUCACCCAGGACCACCAGGACCCCCUGGAAUACAAGGUCCUCCUGGUGUGGAUGGCAUGGCUCGGGACGGCAGACCCGGCGAAAGAGGACCUCAGGGAUCAGCCGGAGAGGCCGGUCGCCCCGGCAAGGCGGGUCCACCAGGUCUCCCAGGCUUCUGCGAGGCAGCAAUGUGUCUGGCCGCGUCAGCGUACACCUCCCCAAGACUACAGGAGGCGGGAACGAUCAAAGGACCCAAUGUUUAGGAGACUCGUCUCUCCAUCAGCAGCUCACAAAGACCCGGGAGAGAGGAGGAGGAGGAGGAGGAGGAGAGGGAAAGAGGAAGAAGAGGAGAGAGGCCGCUCUUCUCAGUCGGACAACAUCGAGAACAAGGGGUGGGGGGGGGACAAUAAUAGUGACUGGCUGUAUGGCGCCCCCUCCUGAAACUCACAGCCUCAAGUUUUGACUGGUGGGACAUACUCUGAUCUUAAUCUCGCCCCCCAACAUCACCAUGACAACAGCAGCUCACAGCCACCCACAUCCUUUCUGAAUUUCUCUAGUGUUUUUGGAUGAUGUCAGUGUCAGUCCCAUCCAAAUAUCCCAGCCCUGUUCCAGCAGUGAAAGAGGAACAGACUUAUAUUGCAUCUCCCUGUCUCCCACCACAGUAUCUCUGAGCUGAGAGGAGCUGAAAACCAAGCGUGGUGAAGUACUUCUCUCUUUACACCAAGGUCACUUUAAAUGGUUUUUAUAUAUGCAAUAUUUUGUUCGAGAGUGUUUUGAAGUUUAAAUGCCUUGUUUGUCUUGCAACAUCACACCUGAUGCCUUAGAAGUGUACAAAAAGGACCAAUAAAUGAUUGCAGCCCAACGUCACACUCAGUACUGUAUUGUAAAAUGUAGUAUUUUCAUCCAUCAGCUUGAGUGAAAUCCCUGAUUUACCUCAUGUGUACAUUGCCCCCACUCCCUCCCCUCCCAAUCCCCGCUUUCUUCCCAAGUCUCAUUUUAGAAACUAACGACUAGCUUUAUCUCUUCCUCUUGUUGCCUGGCAACAGCAUAUCCCGAUGGGCACUCCCAUCUCCCACAAUGCAGUGCUGUAAAUCUUUGUAAAUGUGUGUUGAUUAUUAUGUAGAGAAAAAGGAAUGGGUUACGAUAUGCACCAACAAAAAUCCUGUGUUAAUGAAUUCAGUGAGUAAUAAAAAGUUCCUACAGAAAUAACGACUUUUCCUCAAAACAAAUCAGUUACCAGUCGGAAUGUGCCUCCUAUGCCACUGUCAACUUUCCAAAGGGUGUCAGCGAUUUAAUGACUGAUUUAUUUUCAUCAACAAAAGCUAUUUAUUGUUCUUUAUAUAAUCAUCUGUAAAGAGGGUUUUUUCUGGCUGUUCAGGUAAACCCAAACCAAUAAAAAGGAACCUUUUGUAAAA